CACGCCCACGACACGAACAGGUUUCUGUCCUUCUCUGAUCUAUCUUGAUAUUGGGUUCUGACGACACAAGGGAUACUGAGAGUACAACAUGUCGGCCAGAUUACCACCAGAAGCGCCCAAGAGCAAGGUCCUCGCGAGCUUAGCUCGUGGGCCAUUGCGUUCCAUCAUUAUGGUUUUAACAGUUGCUGGUGUUGCAUGGGGGCUUGCCUUCGGUAUCCAAUCAUUCCGAGAUAUCGGCUUCGAUCGAACCACAGGCGGCGGCAAUUCGCUAGUCACAUUCGACAUUAUCAUUGGCUCGCUGAUGUGCGGCUUCGCUGUGAUGAUGAUAAUUGGCUUCAUCGUUGCAUUAGUUAAUCGUCCUACACUCGCGCGCACUUUCUCAUUUCUCUCUAUUUUCGCUGGAUUGGUACUCUGCGCCGGGCAGCUGUUCAUCGUCAUUGCUCAUUUCUUCUUUCAAUCGCUCAUCAUCGACGAGUGCGAAGCUGCCACGACAAACGCCACAGUCAUCACGGGCAAUCCCUUCUGGUUUGGUUAUAGCGAGCAUACGCUGUCCGCCACGGACGCGCGAAACUUCUGCAAUAGUGCCUUUUCCCGCCAAUCGGCGAGCACCAUCAUUUGGCUCCUUGUGGCCAUCGUUGCGAGCGCAAUCUUUGUCAUGAUCGCCAUGGCUUGGUCUUAUCAAAUCCUCGAUCCUUCCUAUGGUCGUCAGGCACCCCCACGUGCCGAUGCGAUCCGAAUGGGCUCUUUCAACCCCAGCGGCGAGCCCUACGACCAAGUCCCGUACGCGCCACGUGAUCCGUUCGCAGACAGCAGAAACGACGCCUACGUCCCGCCGUAUGAUCCUAACAUGCCACCGAAGUACACUGGCGACGAGUCUGGCCGGGUUACUCCACCCGAGAAGGCUGAUGGCGGGAAACAGGGAAUGUAUGGUACUGAUCGGGAUGCGUGGGCGGCGAGUGACACGGACCUCGCUGGGCCGAGGAUCCAGGAGAGAAGGCCUGGGGAGAUUUAGUGAUGAGGAUCGUCCGGACUGAUAAAUAUUGUUAUCGGAACACGUCUUGGCAUUUUAUGUUUCCCAUUUGUAUGUAGCCUAUACAAUAUAUUUCU